AUGCUCAAUAGUAGUCAAAGUCAAAGAAAGGAUAUUAUUGACCCCGAGGAAGACGAUUUUGUUCCUGCUCGUAGAAAUAAUCCACCAGGUCGUAAAUUGUUUAAUCCAUAUGCCAACAAACCAAAAGAUAUUUGGCAAGAACAAUCACCCUCCUCUUAUCAAACAGAUAGACAUAGAGGGCCAUCUUCGAUCCAAAAAUAG